UAAUAGAAAUUGCCUCUGAGCAUAAGUAGAGUGACCAGAGGCCAAUUGGGCACUGGCAGAUUGUUUCUGAGCAUAAGCAGAGUGACCGGGGGGGCUAUUUGAGUGCCUCUGAGCAUAAGCAGAGUGCCUCUGAGCAUAGGCAGAGUGACCAGAGACCAGUUGGGUGCCUCUGAGUGUAAGCAGAGUGCAUCUGACAAUAGAAAUUGCCUCUGAGCAUAGGCAGAGUGACCAGAGGCAAAUUGGGCACAGGCAGAUUGCUUCUGAGCAUAUGCAGAGUGCAUCUGAGCAUAGGCAGAGUGACCGGGGGCUAUUUGAGUUCCUCUGAGCAUAGGCAGAGUGACCAGAGGCCAGUUGGGUGCCUCUGAGUGUAAGCAGAGUGCAUCUGACAAUAGAAAUUGCCUCUGAGCAUAGGUAACGUGCCCAGAGGCAAAUUGGGCACAGGCAGAUAGUUUCUGAGCAUAAACAGAGUGCACCUGACAAUAGAAAUUGCCUCUGAGCAUUUGGCCAGAGGCCUAUCGGGGACACCCAGAGUGUUUCCAAGCAUAAGCAAGAGUGCCUCUGAGCCUGAGCAGAGUGCACUUGGCAACAGAAGGAGCUAGAGGCGGAUUGGGCACAGUCGGAUUGUUUCUGAGCAUAAGCAGAGUGCCGGGCAUGACGGGCCUCCCGUGGUGGCAGGAGGGGGCGGGCUGCCUGGUCCUGGAGGGCCUCCCCCCGCUGCCCCGCGGCCUGAGCGGCAUCCUCAACUCCAGCGGGGGGUCCUGGCGCGAGAUCCAGAAGGUCCACUCCAAGAAGACGCGCAUCCAGGACGACCUCCGCAAAGCCUCCGCCGGUGCCUCCCCGGAGAAGUCCCCGCGCCGCAGCAAGCCCGCCAACCUGGACUCGGCCUUGGCCCUGCUCCGCAAGGAGAUGGUGGGUCUGCGCCAGCUGGACAUGUCCCUCUUGUGCCAGCUGUGGUCGCUCUACGAGUCCAUCCAGGAGUCCAAGGGCCUCUUCCAGGAGCUCUCCUCCUCCUCGCUGCCUUCCGACGGGAGCCUGGCCGCCGAGAACGGAUUCUCUGACGAGGACGACGAGGACGACUUGGAGGCCGACCCGGCUCCCGGCCCCCCCGAGGGCCACCGGGAGACCCCGCCGGAGCCCCGCCUCCGCCUCCCGCAGCCCCAGAACUCCCGGGACCAGUGGCUCCAGGACUCCUUCCACAUCACCAUCUGAGCCCCCCCCCCCCCCUCGUGGCCGACAUCGGUUGCGGAACGGCCGGAAACUAACCUCGGUUCCUAUUCACUUGCAUGGUGGUUUGCACUAGACGACUGCGGCACUCUGAACACUGAUCUGCUGGUUGGGUGAUGAUGGGAGUUGUAGUCCAUAAAAAUUGGGAAAACUUAAAGCCCGGGGAUGAUGGGAGUUGUUGUCCAAAAACUUGGGAGGAACUUAUCAUUCAAGAAUGAUGGGAGUUGUCAUCCACAAACUUGGGAAAACUUUCCACCCAGGGAUGAUGGGAGAUGUAGUCCACAAACUUGGGAGGAACUUAUCAUCCAAGAAUGAUGGGAGUUGUCAUCCACAAACUUGGGAAAACUUUCCACCCAGGGAUGAUGGGAGUUCUAGUCCACAAACUUGGGAGGAACUUAUCAUCCAAGAAUGAUGGGAGUUGUCAUCCACAAACUUGGGGAAACUUACCACCCAGGGAUGAUGGGAGUUGUCAUCCACAAACUUGAGGAAACUUAUCACCCAGGGAUGAUGGGAGUUGUAGUCCACAAACUUGGGAGGAACUUAUCCAAGAGUGAUGGGAGUUGUCAUCCACAAACUUAAGAAAACUUAUCACCCAGGAAUGAGGGGAGUUGUCAUCCAAAAACUUGGGGAAACCUACCACCCAGGGAUGAUGGGAGUUCUAGUCCACAAACUUGGGAGGAACUUAUCAUCCAAGAGUGAUGGGAGUUGUCAUCCACAAACUUGGGAAAACUUAUCCAGGGAUGAUGGAAGUUGUCGUCCACAAACUUGGGAAAAAUUCUCAUCCAGGAAUGAUGGGAGCUGUAGUCCAAAAACUUGGGAAAACCUAUCACCCAGGGAUGAUGGGAGUUGUCAUCCACAAUCUUGGGAAAACUUACUGCCCAGUGAUGGUGGGAGUUGUAGUUUCCCAAGCACUUUCCCAAACUUGGGGAAACUUUCCACUCAAUGGAUGGUGGGAGUUGUAGUCACCCAACUUCCCCAAACUUGGGGGAAACUUACCACCCAAGAGAUGAUGGGAGUUGUAGUUCACACACUUUCCCUAACGUCACCCGAUAGAUGAUGGGAGUUGUAGUCUGCAAACUUUCCCAAACUUGGGAAACUUACCACCCAAUGGAUGGUGGGAGUUGUUGUCUGUGAACUUUCCCAAACUUGGGGAAGACUUACCACCCAAUGGAUGCUGGGAAUUGUAGUUCGCAAACUUUCAAAUCUUGGUGUCUCUAAAACGUUGAAUAGAUGAAUGCAGUUCGAUCCCGCUGUAGAUUUAUGGGAUUUGUAGUUUAUGGAAACGCCUCCCCCACACUCAAGAUGCUUAUGAAACUACAACUCCCAAGGCAGAUACUACUAUAUAGGAAUUGUAUAGGAAACUUGCUGCAACAAGACGCUUCCGUGCUAGGUUGUUCCAAGGCAAGAGUUGAGUUGGCCGGAGUCCUUGGUUCUUGUUCUUGGCGGCUCGGCCAAAACUAGAUCUCUUUUUUAAAAAAAUAUGUAACAUUUCAAAGGUCCUAAAAUGCAAAGUGUUCUUUGGGGAGGAGGAAGGGGUCGGGUCUUCCUUCCCGUUGCAAAAGCGCGGGCGGCCCUUUUAAUUUAUUGUUUGGUGCUUUGGUCCUCAUUGCGAGGAAACUAGAAAUCCCAGGGAAUAAAAGUGUCUCUGGAAACGAAA